AUGGCUCGUGUUACUUUAUCUGCCAACCAGUGUUGGGAGAAAGCCCAUUAUCAUGUGGAUCAAGACACAUCUUGUGGUGGAGCAGCAUGUACUGGAGUCAUCUGCAACAACCCAGAAAUUGUCACUGUGGGAGAAGAUGGUAGAAUAAAUCUCUUCAGAGCUGACCAAAAGGAUGCAGUAAGAACUAUAGACAAUGCAGACAGCAGUACACUCCAUGCAGUGACCUUCCUUCGCACAACUGAGAUCUUGACAGUAAAUUCAAUUGGACAGUUAAAAAUAUGGGACCUCAGACAGCAGAGAAACGAGCCGUCUCAAGUAUUUUCUUUGACAGGUGACAGAGUUCCGCUGCACUGUGUGGACAGGCAUCCCAAUCAGCAGCACGUUGUGGCCACAGGGGGCCAGGAUGGAAUGCUGAGUGUAUGGGAUAUCAGGCAAGGUACUAUGCCAGUAUCCCUGCUAAAUGCUCAUGAAGCAGAAAUGUGGGAGGUUCACUUCCAUCCCUCCAACCCCGAUCACUUAUUUACGUGUUCUGAAGAUGGAUCUCUUUGGCACUGGGAUACUUCCACAGAUGUAGCUGAAAAACCAUCAUUUCUUCAUCAAGGAGGAAGAAGUACUACCUAUUUUUCCCACAGUGCCAUUAACCAGUCUGUAGUAAGUGCCUGGCUAAGCAAUGAUCCUACCAAAGACCGCAUGGAAAUCACCAACUUAAUUCCAAAUCAGACUUUGUCUGUGAAUAGUCUAGAUAUUUUAGGACCGUGCUUAGUAUAUGGUACUGAUGCAGAGGCUAUUUACGUGAAUAGACAUCUUUUUGCAUGAAAGGACUCCAGUAUCCCUUUGAAGUACCGAUCACCUUGAACUACUGGGAAAUGUCAGGUUCAUUCUUAAUGAUACUCAUUAUUCUGUUAUCGGCGUGUGGGCAAGAGACCUACAGCUUGGUCCUGGUACUGCAGAAGAAAUGUCAGCUACCUCAGUGUGUGACAGCUGUCAGCGUUAUUGAUGCUCCAGGAUGGGUAACUGAGCAAGCUGAUGUGGUGCCUGUUUGGUUUUGGUAAGCUGGAAUAUAGUCACCAGGGCAAGAUAUUUGCUGUAACUUGAUGUCCAUAAUAUACAUGUGCAUACAAAGUGAAGAAAAGGUAAAUAUACCUGAUACCUUUUUUUUUCCCCCCCCAUAAAGAUAUUUUAAAAAUAUUAAUUCUGAGGCCAAACUAUAGGUUUCUUUGAAAUUCUUUUUGUCACCUGAGAGAGGUGGGGUUUUUUAAGCUGAGUUUUCUUAUAUUUAGGGGAACAUAACUUUUUAUAUUAGUUCAUAAGAAUUGGAAGACUGCUAAAGCUGUGAAAUGUGAAAGGUUCUAUAGGAAUCUUAGCAUUUUAGUGACACUAUUUUGGAUUAUUUACAGCUUCAUUGUGGAUGCUGCAUGUUAAAACUUGACCUUGAGAAUGUGCUGGUAACUCAAAAGUUUUUUAUAGUUAAGAGAUCCUAAUUGACAGAUGUGUUGACUAUGUUUUCAGGUGUGAGAGUAAGACUUUCUAAACUUGAGACAUAUUCUAUCACAAUCAAAAUUUCACAUCUGGUCUGUUGCCAUCUUUGAAAAGUUAAAUUUUAUGAUUCGUGUUGUACCUAUCUUUUGUUGCAGAGAACCCUUUCUCUUUUUAAUAAAAAGUUUUGCGCA